AUGACAGAUCUUAAACCGCCCUUUACUGAGGAGACUGCGCUGAAGAAAGUCAAAGCAGCCCAGGAUAUGUGGAAUACGAAGGACCCCGCCCGAGUCGCGCAAGGAUACAGCCCAACAUGUAUCUGGCGUGUUCGAGAUUUAUUCUUUACCGGGACAGAGUCCAUCGUCGCGUUUUUGGAAGGGAAAUGGAAACGCGAGCGUAAUUAUCGACUUCGGAAGGAACUUUUCGCUUUCCGGGAUGAUCGCAUAGCUGUGCAGUUUUGGUAUGAGUUUCAAGACGUGGAAGAUGGAAUGCGCUGGAAGAGGUGCUAUGGAUUGGAAGACUGGACAUUUGAUGAGACCGGGAAGAUGUGCAAAUGUAUGAUGAGUGGAAAUGAUGUCCUGAUCGGAUCGGAUGGUAAUGGUGAGGGGAGAUGGUUUGCAGAUGAGGUUAACGUAAACGAUGUACUUAUUAGUGAGCAGCACUGGUAA